CUGUGUCAUCCGUCAUUUAAAAAAUAUCUAUUAAGGAUGGGUGUAAAGGGUGUGUAAAGAAAUCGGUAAAAGACCAGUAAUCUUAAAAUAAAACCAGGAUGCAACCCUUAGUGUUGGCGGCUAUAGUUCUACUACAUGUUAGCUACACUCAAUCACAGUCAGAUUGCCCCAGCACAGUGCCAGCAUGUACUUGUGAGGAUGUAACCGGCCAGAGCAGGAGAAACAUCAGGUGUGUUGGUCUGACACAGAUCCCAGCCUUCACUUCCUCUCCAGAAAUUUUUCAGAAAUUGGACAUGGAUAAUCCAAACAAUAAUAUACAAGUUAUUCAAGCCAAUGCAUUCAGUGGAAUAAAAGUGGAAGAAGUUGAUAUGAGUGGCCAAAAUAUCAAAUUACAAAGCAUUCACCCAAUGGCCUUUUCUGGUUUUGAGCAACAUCUGACAAUAUUGAAACUCCAGGGUGAUACCCUACUUACCCCUCCUUUUGAACAACUUAAAAACAUCACCAAUCUUCAAGUGCUUGAAUUACAAUUUUUUAACAUGCCUACUAUUGAAGAAAGUACAGAAUUCAAUUACUUUCCUUAUCUGAGAACUUUAAGGUUAAGAAAUAUGAACACACACUUUGUUUCAUCUGAAUCUUUUAAAAAUCAGUUACAGGAACUGACCGUUUUUGAAUUUGCAAACAACCAAGUGCCUACAUUUCCAAAGCCUGCUAUAAACAGAAUUCGUAAGCUAAAACACCUUUCUUGGCUACACAAUGGAAUGACAAUCAUCUCCUACAGCUCGUUUGAUUCUCUGGGUUCUCUUACUGAACUGGAUCUGAGGGGUAAUGAUAUAGGGGAGAUGAACAACGGGAGUUUCAUAGGCAUCACCGAUAGGCUUGAGUUUUUGAGUCUUCAACUGAACAGAAUUACAAAAGAAGCCAUUGUACCAUUAGGCAAUCAUAAUUGGCCUGAACUGGAACAGCUUAAUUUAGGUCAUAUGAUGGCUGAUUUUACAGACAUUCCCAAUGGUUUAUUCAGAAACAUGCCAAAGCUAGCUAACCUUAUGAUACCUGGUAAUAAAUUGAGAGUGAUUAAAAGCAACGAUUUUCAAGGCCUUGGAAAUAUGCAUUCUUUGGACUUGUCUGAAAAUUGGAUCCACACAAUUCAAAAAGGAGCACUGUCUCCAAUGACUAGGCUGGAUACAUUAGAUCUACGAAGUCAGUAUGACUCAAAUGUUAACAACCCAAUGAAUUUUAGUCUAUAUGCCUUAGAAGGAGCAGAGCUUGCCCUGAAAACCCUACAUAUACAGAACAACCAUUUAAUUGAUCAUUAUGCUUGGAAGGCUAUUGGUGCUAUGAAAAACCUUGUCAAUCUAGACAUAUCUGGAACUGGACUUUCUGACAUUCCAUCCUUGCUCUUCUACAGUCACAACAAUCUGGGGAGUCUUACUAUGAGAAACAACAACAUGACAGUUCUGAGACAAGAAUCUCUUUAUGGGUUAAAAUAUUCACUGGAGGUCAUUGAUAUCUCUAACAACCAAAUAUAUACUAUUGAAAAAUGUGUUUUUGAAGGAUUUAACAAACUCAAUUUCUUUUUUGCCUCGCAGAACUCUUUUGUGUGUGAUUGCAAUCUUUAUGGACUUUAUGAGAUUUUAAAGGAAAUAACCUUUGCUCUUUUGGCAUGUAAAAAUCCAGCAAAUUUAGCAGGCAAGUCUUUACUUACUUUGAAUACUGGGCAGUUCUGCUUCAAUCCGCCGAUCUCUUCUACUUGUUUAGUCUUUACAACAACUACAACAUCCACCUCAACAACUGAAACAACUUUACUUUUAACAACAACUACAAAAUCGAACUCAACCGUUGAAACAACCCCAGACUUUACAGCAUCUAAAAUACAUGUAUCUAAUUCAACGAUUGGAACACCUCCACCAUUUAAUACAACUACAACACCCAAAUCAACAACUGAAACAACCCCCGACUUUACAAAAUCUACUAAAUAUAAUUUAACAACUGAAACUACCCAAGACGAUACAACAACUACAAUAUCCAAUCCAACCACUGGAACUACCACUGUCUUAACAACAAUUACAACACUCAAGUCAACCAUAGAAACAACCCCUGACUUAACAACAACUACAACACUCAACUCAACCAUUGAAACAACCCCUGACUUAAAACCAACUACAACACUCAACUCAGCCAUUGAAACAACUCCUGACUUAACAACAACUACAAUAACUAACUUAACAACUGAAACUACACAAGACGAUACAACAACUACAAUAUCCAACCCAACCAUUGGAACUACCACUGUCCUAACACCAACUGCAACACUCAACUCAACCGUUGAAACAACCCCUGACUUAACAACAACUACAACACUCAACUCAACCAUUGAAACAACCCCUGACUUAACAACAACUACAACACUCAACUCAACCAUAGAAACAACCCCUGACACAACAACAACUACAACACUCAACUCAACCAUUGAAACAACCCCUGACUUAACAACUACAACACUCAACUCAACCAUUGAAACAACCCCUGACUUAACAACAACUACAACACUCAACUCAACCAUUGAAACAACCCCUGACUUAACACCAACUACAACACUCAACUCAACCAUUGAAACAAUCCCUGACUUAACAACAACUACAAUAACUAACUCAGCAACUGAAACUACCCAAGACGAUACAACAACGACAAUAUCCAACUUAACAACUAAAACAACCAACGACUUAUUAACACCUACAAUAUAUAAAUCAAUAUUUGAAACAAUCUUAGAUUCUACAACAGCUGCAAUAUUCAACCCAACAAUUGGAAUAACCCCAAUCUUAACAACAACUACAAUAUCCAACUCAUCAAUUGCAACAACAUCAAUUUUAACCACAACUGCAACAUCUAACUCAAUUAUUGGAACAGCCUCAGUUUUUACAACAACUACAACAUCCAACCCAACCAAUGAUACAAUCCUGGGCUUUACACCAACUCCAACAUUCAACCCAACAACUGAAACAACGUCAUUCUUUUCAUUAACCACAACAUCCAAUUCAACAAUCGGAACAACCCCUGUCUUAACACCUACUCCAACAUCCGCUCCAACAAUUGGAACAACAGCAGUCUUUACAACAACUACAAUAACUACUUCAACAAUUGGAACAACCUCUGUUGUCCCCUUACCAGAUAUUCGGUUUGGAAUUUCAAGUGAAACAAAAAAUACAAUAGUGAUAUCUUGGACAGUCAAUGGAGAUAUGACUUAUCUAAAGAACUUUGUGGUGCAAUAUAAACAGUUAGAAAUAAACAAUCCCCAUAAGAAAAUUUUUAGUUUGGACAAAAUCAAAAGGGAUCAUCAAAUAACUGGACUUAACCCUGUGUCUCGCUAUGAGAUUUGUUUCCUUGUUGAACUGACGGAAUUAUCAAAACAAAUCCCGGUAUCAUGUCUCACAGGCACUACAAAAGGUACAACAACUCCAGCCAUUAGUGGUUCAGAUAAAACCGUUGCAAUGGCAGGGGGAGUUCUUGGAGUUGUGAUGUGCGUCUGGUGUCGUUUUGUAAUUGUAUCUUAGUCCUCCUAAUUAGGCCAGUGACGUUAUAACGAUGACAUUCCAGUGCAAAGGAACCUCGACACCCCGUGACGUUUACAUUUUAUGACAGUGUGGGACAACGAGCGAUUUUAACCCUCUAGCUGUGAAACUGUUAACAUUGCCGAAAUAUUGCGUUAAGCUCUGUAGUGCAGUGGGUACAGAUUUGGUCUAUUGACCCGGGGUCACCAAGUUUGAAUACAGCAGGACUUGCCACAUAUAAUUAACAUAUAGCCACAUUAUUAUCUGGCCGCCGCCAGAAAAUUAAAUAUUGACCGCCAAAUAAUUUUGUAUCUUAUGUACUGUGGUUUCAUCAACAUUCGUUGAAUACCAAUUUUCAUUGAUUUCGUUUUUAAGUUUAUCCUUGAAAUUAAAUAUUCAUUUAACUGCAAUUUCUACUGAUAUUUUGUAAUGAUAAGGUCAUUGGCCACGAAUUUACGUAUCCUUGAAACUGUGAUUUUCACUUUAUCAACGAAAAUUGAUACCCUUGAAUAUUAAUGAAACCACAGUUUUUCAGAUGAUUAUUAUUGAAUCGCAAUUUUAUUCAUGGGACUUAAGUCUGUUCUAAGAUAUUUUUGACGCAUAUUUUCCUAAAUUAUUCGAUAUUUAUAAAUACUUCUUGAUUCAGACGAUGUUCAUUCAAUAGUAUAAAAAAAAACCUUUUGAAUCGCCUCCUCUAGCUUGUCAGGUUUCAAUACACGGCUAAAUAUAGAAAGUCUACGUGGAUUUUGCAUUGCAUCAGCCAUAAUUAAGCCCGGAUGUUACGUUGAAAAAUUGUGCUAGAUAUUCCUAAUAACUUCCAAAUAGAAGAAAUGAUGUAAACAUUCCCCAUUGAAUCUCAGUAGGAAAUCUGUUAUCGUUCCUGUGAAUUUUUACGAGGAAAGACUGAUAAAAAGCGAAUGAAGUUAUCUUGGAAAUUUUCCCUUUCAUCGAUUUUUAAUUGCACUUCUUUCACAGGUAUAUGUAUUUUUAAUAAAAAGUCGUCCAAAUGUGCAGCGAAAAUAUCUUGCGACAGACUUUAGAUAACAUUAAGGAUUCAAAAGGCAAAAAAAGCUGUAUUAAAUUACCGUCGGGCAAUUUAAGCCAUAAGUCCUUUAUUAUAAAAAGAAACUGUGUUUGGAAACAAUAAGCCGUUUUCACUUAACUCUUGGAGCACUGUCCAGUAUUCCUUAAUGAUGUUAUGCAACCAGGUGCAGAAUGCGAGCAAAUAAUUUCCAAAUUGGGAGUUUAUGAAUAAGUUGUCAUAUUUGGCGAUUCUGUGUCUGCAGCGAUAGCUCUGGUACUCUAUACUGAGUCAUGUAUUGCUUAUUGUAUAUAAUCUUUGUAACCUUUUAAA